AUGUCUCAUCUAGGGAAGUUAUUUAAGCACAAAGGCCACAAGGCUCCUACGCCGCCAAGAAAAGACUAUGAUGGAACCAAAAGCGGUAGCGAUGAAUCUGAAAACGAUGAAGGAUAUUUAGAUCCAGUUGCUGUCCAUCCGACCACUGAUCCGGCCACGGCUGUUCAGUCUGUUCAGAUGCCAAGCUAUCCACCUCCGAGACCGAAUCAUUCGCCUUCCAGUCGACGCGUCCAGGAUCCCGGAAAGAGGGCUUCGGUCCCAAUAGGACUUGUAGCUCAGUUGAGUAGACCUCCAGUACCUAAGGCUAGAUCACAGAGGCCUCAAAGUGCCGAGCACCUUCAAGGAGGAAAAACUCCGAUUCCUGCUCAAAGACUUGGUUUGAAGGUUAGGUUACAUGUACGUCAUGUCGUAUUGUUGUGAUAUUUGCCCAUGUGCAGGGCAUAUUUAUUAUAGUUUAACCAUUUCUAUGCAGAAAGGGUCUUUCCUCCUCGAAAAGCAUUACAUAACGUUAAUUACCUCAGGAAUGUAUUUGCUGCAGCAAGCAGCUAGCCUUGACUUCCUCCGAGUUUACAAAGGUGUUAAUUUUCGGUUCAGAAGCCAAACUUGCGAAAUAGUUGUUGAUGACGAACUCCUAUGCAUUUCAUGGGCAAGACAUGGUUUUUUCUUUGCUUCAAUUCAAAUAAUAAUUCUCAGUAAUAUUUUGGUAAACUCCAAAAUGCGAAAGAAAUAUUUAACAAAAAUUGGCAUUGUUUAUAAUACUUUAACAUAAUAAGCCUCACAAGCUUCACAGGUUACAGUAUGUCGUCUUGCAGCCAAAAUAUUCAUAGUGUCUAUUGUUGCUUUUAUAUAUUUGGUAAAAAUAGGUUGGUGUUGCUUGAGUACAGGAACUAACAUUUCCCUGUUGUUUAAUUUGAUUAUUGACAACAGGUUUUGCAAACAAAAAGUGACCCUGAGUCAAGCAGAAUGUAUACACAGUCAUUUUUUUAUGAGGCAUUUUUUUAAGACUGUAGUUAAAUACUAUCAAACAAAUCACACAUACGUACACAUCAUGUAAUGUUUUCUACAAAAAUGUUGACUUUUUGCUACAGAUGUAGGUUUAUCUGUACUAUAAGUUGUUGUAAAGUAAUUAAUGUCAAAUCACAAACUUGUGUAAUGUUUUGGACAUCGAAUUAAGCUGUACCAGUUACUGUGCAUUCAGUAAGAUUGGCAUUUGGGGUGGGGAACUGAAUUGUUGUCAGCAGUAAAUGAAACAAAAAAAAAACAAUUCCUAAAAGACACUUUUAAAAAAUAUGUUUAGUGUAUAAAAUAAUUUAUAAAUUUAGUUUGACACAGAAUACACUGUAUGUAAGCUGUGGUAGCACGGUAGAGUUUGUCGAACUUAGUGCCUCUGCUAAAAUUCAAAUUCAAAACUUUGAUUCAGACUUUGUGCUUCCGGCAUGCUUUUGUGGAACUUGACUCUAGAAUCACAACUUAUGAACUAGGCAGCUCUCAUGAUUAGAGUGCCUUUUAACUGUUUUCGUGGCAGGACAAGGUUCAAAUUCUGUCCUGUCUUUUUUGGGAUGUAGAUUUUUUUUUGGGUAUGGUGCAUGUCUGUGCAUGAGAAUUAUCUAAUGACAAAAUGAUAUUACAUCUUCUCAGCUUUUAAAAUUUAUUACAUAAUUGUAUAUGUAGAUUCUUGAGCUGUCCUACAACAUUUGUAGCAAUCAAGGUUACUGGAGAAAUACACAUGUAAAAAAAAUUUUACUGACAAUAACUUUUUGUUUAUUAAAUAGUUUAACCUAUACUUUCACUCAAUGGAAACUUAAUUUUGAUUUUAUACUGUCAACAAUAAUCAUUCAUACAUGCUGUUUUUGUUAUUAUACAGUAGUCUGUGUUAACUUUUUUGUAGAAACUUUAAAAAUGCAGACUAUACAUUUUCAUAAAGAUCACUCUUAUGAAAAAGAUGUUUACCGCUGAAGCCUGUCUGGCUUUUGAAUAACAAGUGUAAAAAACUUGUGGAUAAUCUGUAACUGGUUCUCUCAGUCAGCACAGAAACUGGUAAAAAUUGAUUGAUGAUUCUUACAAAAUAAUUUCAAACAAACCAGCUGAUAAUAACGUUGAUAAGAAUAAUUUUAUUCUUUUUGUCUUUUGUGCAGUUAAUUUUCUUCCUAGGCCAAUUUAAUUCAUUUUCAUGAAUAGAAAUUUGAUGAUAUCUGUAUCUCAAUCUGAAGGAACAAAGGCGAAGUAGGAAGGUACAAGUAUAUCUACAACGUACAUGUUACAGCUCAAAAUAUUGGAUUUCUGAUUAAAAUGUUUUAAACUACUGUAGGCUGAUUCUCAAUUUCCUUUUUCACCUAGGGCUAAGGAGACAGAGGAAAUUGAAAAUCAGUUACAAAUCAAAAUUAACUUAGAAUCAAAAUUUGACCUGUGAUAUUUAUUUUAAGUGCACCAGUCAGUUUGUUGCAUAGGAUUCAGUGGAAUAGUCUGCAUUUGCCUUAGGAGUCACAGAUAAAAUUUACUACAAACUUAAGUAGUGAGUUUGAAACUUUUAAACAUAAGCUGUUAAUUAAAAAAACUGCCAUGAUUUUAUGAAUUACCUAAAUUAUGUCAUGUUAUAAAAGGGGUACUAAAUAUAAUAUUUUUAAGAAUCAUACAUGUAUAUUGCUUGGUACUUUUUAUGGUGAUUUAUCUAAUCUACAGUAAAAAUGUAGAACUUUGCUUUUGAUUAUAAUUUUAUUUCAUGCAUCUGUUGAAGACCUGCACUGCCAUUAAGAUGUUGAAUGAUUCGGACAAAUAUUAGUGAUUGAUAUAACCAAAUGAGUUAGAAUUACAAAUUUGCAUUUUAUUUUUGUCAUUAUAGUUUAUAUGUACUUCAGUGCAUUUCUUAUUGAAAUAAUAGCAAAUUACAUGGUGAAUAUAUUUUUUUCUAGUUUGAAUUGUAUUUUUCUUCGUCUCAUUUUAUGGCUUUAUUUAGAACAUUUUGAAAAUCGUUUUCAGCCAAGAUUAUUUUAUUCUGUUCAACAACUGCAGAUGUGCAUGUUUGCAUGUGGUACAGCUGUGAUGUCAUGAAAAAGAUUAUUUUUGAUUUUCUGCUUUUCUUGAUAAUUUGCAUAUUGAAAUAAAACAAGUUGUUUCAGCCAGGUGUGUGAGGAAAUUACAGGAAAAAAAUAUUCUUCUGCUCACAGUUCAAUUCAAGAAGAAGGCACAGACUGUUGCUUUGCCCGGAAAAUGUUUUAAGCAAUGUGCCAUUCUUACAACAAAGUUUUUUACAUCGAUAUUUAAUCCACAGGAGAAAGCCAUAUGGAAAUACAGUCAUAAAGUAGAACUCAUUGUAUAAGCCACAAACCAACCGUAAACAAAGAACCUUAUUGAUUAAUGGACAGUCACGCUCUUGACAAUACAUCAUCUUCUCGUCGAUCAAUAGAAGAAAAAAGUUCAAGCCUCAGAGCUUUAAAUAUUUCAUCAAAAUAAGUGUGAACAUCACUAUGUUUCUUCAAAAAUGUAACUGUGUGCGGGUCAGUAAAUCAGAGAAGAAUCGGAUAAAGGUAAAGCAUAGGUUUAUUGGUAUAAUUUUUGCAUUUUAUGGUUUUUUGACAGAUUUGUUAAAAUGUUCUUUUGAAUGAGUAGAAUAAGAUUUGGGUUUUUUUGUUAGACAGAUUUUGAAGCAGUUAUUUAACUUGGAAAGCUAUUUUGAAAACCUAAAUUUACAUUGUGUUACAUGUGAAUGGCUAGUAUCAGCUUGAUGGUUGAAUUGGUUGAAUUUUUGUUGUUACUUGUCUAUUUACAAGACGUUGUUUAGACAAAGGAAGAUGUACAUGAUCAUGGCAUUGUAUUCUUUUAUUUUAUCUUAGUACAGACAGUGACAGCAAUGGACGUAAUGGUACCUUUUACUAAAUGUUGGAUGUGAUAUCAUUAUUUGCCUUAAUUUAAGUUUGUGUUUUCCUUCAGACCUACAAAUUGCCACUGUAUUUCUUUGAUUACUUUUUAUUUGUUUUCCACUGUAUAGCUAGUUGUAAAUUAUACAUGUAAAUAUACAUGUAGUUUAGGUGUUGAUGUGCAUGUUCAAUGUGAAUACAUACCGUACAGAAAUGAAGAACUUCCUGUAGUUCUACUGAUUUGUCAGGGAAGGGAUAGUUGAUUAAAAUUCCUUGCCUUUACCACUUUAGACAUUUGAUCUUGUAAAUAAUUUAGUUAGAAUAUUAUAGAUUAUUUUUAAUGUACUAUAAAUUUCUGUAUACUGUUGUUGUAUAAUUUCUGGUUAAUGGCAAAAAUGAUUGAAUGAAUGAACAAAGGAAUGGAUGAACAAAUGAACAAACGAACGAACGAAUGAAUGAAAGCUUUUUAUUGAAUCAUUUAUUAUUUCUAGUGACUGUGGAUUAAUUGCGAUGAUAGUUUUUAGAUAGUUGUUUUUUUAAUCUUAAGAUUUUUUAUUAUUACAUGUAAAAUGUACAUGUAGUUGACUUGUAAGUGAAAACCCCAAUUUACAGUGGACAACCCCAAUGGGACUAGUGAAAAUGUCCAUUUAUAAUAGGUAAAAUUAGCUACUUGCUUGUUUCAAUUAAGUGUCCACUUAUGAUGGGUGUUCGUGACCGAUCAGAGGAGGAGUUUGUGAGUCAAGGUUCUCCUUUAGUCAUUCACAGAGAUGUGAUGAUCACAUGUGUUGAGUUUACUUUACCAUGAAGAGAUGUGUUGUUCUGUCUGAACCAGAAAGUCUCUGAUGUAAAGUAGGCGGGUGCCAUACUCAGAUGUGUCUAUGGCAAAAGUUGGCUUACAUGUAUAAUAUUAUUAAUAUUAAUUUGUUUAUAAUUUAUGUUGAUCCUUCUCUUUUAGAUACAAGGUGAUGACUAUUCUGAUCCCUGGGAUGCCAAAAAGGCAGUCUCUCCUGGUGGUGAUUAUUCCGAUCCAUGGGACGCUAAAAAAACACAAGCCCCUCCAGGAGAUGACUACUGUGAUCCCUGGGACAAGAAACCAACCGCGCCCGAUUCAGUGAGAAAAACAUCCAAAGAUGACUAUUGUGAUCC